AUCGGACACUAUUAAAAGUGGUACACAAGGUGGCUGCGGUCAGGAGGAGACGCGUUGGUUUGCAAAGCUGACAUUUCUUUCAGUGCAACUAACCAUCCAAAACAAUUCAACACGCCACACAGCCCUUCACAGCAAAGCAGCUUCGGCUCAGAUCAGUUUGCAUUGAUUUCGAGUAGUUCUUCACUCGUCCAUUCCCCGGCGCGAUGCGGCUCACUCUCCCGGCUCUGAUCGCUCAUGGCCGGUAUGGGCGGAGGAUGGGUCUCGGUCCGGAGUCUCGGAUCAAUAUGCUUCGGAACAUUUUAACCGGGCUGGUCAGACACGAACGGAUUGAGACGACGUGGGCCCAAGCCGAUGAAGUUCGGAUAUACGCUGAAAAGCUGAUCGACUACGCGAAGAAAGGCGACACGGACGAGAAGGCGAUGAAGAUGGCCAGCUUCUGGCUCACAGAGAAGGAUCUUGUACACAAACUCUUCAAGGUUCUGGUCCCGCGGCUGGGGUCCGAGCAACACGGAUACACGCGGGUCUUCCAGAUUCCGAACCGAGACUCUCUGGACAGGGCGAAGAUGGCCGUGCUGGAGCUGCGGGGCAACCCCUUCCCCCCGCUGGUCACCCGCCGGCCCGACAGCGACGGCACACUGCUGAACCAGCUGCUCCACGGCUACCGCGAGGAGGUGACCCGGAGCAGGGCUGCUGGGGGAGACUGACCCCCAGGAGGAGAGCUCUGCACUGCACAGGUUACUGAGGGAGAGAGACUGGACAUAAAUCUAGCAAUAAAUAAGACUAAUGCUU